UGUUGUGUUGUGUGCAGUGAUUGUCAGUCAUUCAGUACUAGUGUUGCACUCAAUCGUCAAUAAUAUGGCCGUCACUUCAGUUGCUGUCCAUUCAAGUGAUGACUAGUUUUACUAAUGAUUUAUCAAUUAGUUUAUGUUUAUUAUGAUGAGUGACACCAUUAGGAUUAUCAUCUGAUUUACCAUUAUAUUGAUUAGUUGGUGAUCGCAGUGAUCAGUGUGAGUUAGUGUUUCCAACCCGCAAAAACGGAACCGACUCCGGGUAACAGCAGCAGCAGUGGUGGCAGCGCUAACAGCGGAGGUUGUGGUAGUAUUAACAGCAGCAGUAACGGUAUGGCCGUAUCGCGCGCUCCAUCGCCACCACCUAAUAAUGAGGCCAACACUCCGGUGGCUGAGAGUUGGUGUUAUACUCAGGUCAAAGUGAUUAAGUUUUCCUAUAUGUGGACUAUCAAUAACUUCAGCUUUUGUCGCGAAGAAAUGGGAGAAGUGCUUAAAAGUUCGACAUUUUCUGCCGGAGCUAAUGAUAAACUUAAAUGGUGUUUACGAGUAAAUCCAAAGGGUUUGGAUGAAGAAAGUAAAGACUAUCUGUCGUUAUAUUUACUGCUAGUCUCUUGCAAUAAGACCGAAGUGAGGGCUAAAUUCAAAUUUUCAAUACUUAAUGCUAAAAGAGAAGAAACCAAAGCAAUGGAAAGCCAGAGAGCCUACCGUUUCGUUCAGGGAAAGGACUGGGGUUUCAAAAAGUUUAUUCGUAGAGACUUUCUUUUAGAUGAGGCCAACGGUUUGCUUCCCGACGACAAACUCACACUUUAUUGUGAAGUUAGUGUUGUCGCGGAUUCAGUCAACAUUUCGGGUCAAAACAAUUCAAUACAAUUUAAAGUUCCAGAGUGUAGACUAUCUGAUGAUUUAAGUAUGUUAUUUGAGAGCCAAAAAUUUAGUGAUGUAUUACUAGUUGUCAACGGAAGAGAAUAUUAUGCACACAAAGCCAUACUCGCGGCGCGAUCUCCAGUCUUUGCCGCGAUGUUUGAGCACGAAAUGGAAGAAAAGAAACAAAAUAAAGUAGAAAUUACUGAUAUGGACCACGAAGUACUCAGAGAAAUGCUUCGGUUUAUAUAUACGGGAAAAGCAACCAAUUUAGAGAAAAUGGACGCAGACUUAUUGGCCGCAGCAGACAAAUAUGAUUUGGAAAGACUUAAAGUGAUGUGUGAAGAGUCACUUUGUUCCAACCUAUCUGUCGAAACGGCAGCCGAAGUGCUUAUAUUGGCAGAUAUGCACAGUGCCAGCCAAUUGAAAGCACACGCCAUUGAAUAUAUCAAUACACACGCCACAGAUAUUAUGGAAACCCAGGGCUGGAAAACAAUGGUUAAUAGACAGCCCCACCUAAUAGCCGAAGCUUUUCGAGCGCUGGCUACACAACAAAUGCCUCCAAUAGGUCCGCCUCGCAAACGGAUCAAACAAUCUUAAAAUUUUGUGAACAUUAGGUUUUAUUUAAAUUGAGUAUUGAGUGAACCAAAAGUAUGAAAACUGUUUGUUAUUUAAAGACUGAUAACUGGUUUCGACGACGACUUGCGCCUAUAGUUCUUCCCGUGUUUUCUUCAAUUCGUGUAUUUCACGUGAAAUGACUUAUUAUUUAGUUUUUUAAAAGAAAAAUAAAAGAAACGGAUAAUUAAUGAAACAAAUAGACGCAAGAAUAGCCCACCUUUACAAACGAAGUUUAUUUUGCAAACAGUCUAUUAUAUUAUACAACUAUUACAAAAUCCCUCAAAAUUAUGUUUUAAGUGAUUAUUUGAAGAUCUCGUGAUUUAUGUGAAAAUAAACUGUAAUCAAAUCAUUCAUAUAUUUAUCGAUUGAGACAAUUGUCUACAAUUACUGUAAAUUGACAUAAAUGACAUCAAUAUUAUUACUCAUUGACUUCAAUCCACAUUCAGAUCCAUUAAUACAUCAUUUGAAUUGUAUGUCAAUCACUGUUCGCACAUAUCUUGCGUUAUAAUAAAUUUAUAAUAUAAUUAUUGUAAUAAAAGCACAACCGAUCAGAAGAGACUUAAGGGAAGCGCCGAUCAAACG